UUUAAUUCUUUUUAUUAGUUCAUGUUGCUCAUGCCCGCAUUAGACGCCACAAUGUUGUCGAGCCAAUCAACCAUGAAGUCGAUCAACAUCGAAACUGGAAACUCCUUUCGCACGAAUGCGGCAAAAAUAAAGAACUUGAAAUGAGAAUUUUCGGGGGCGAUGAUGCCUCCUUAGGACAAUUUCCUUGGAUGGUUCGAAUUGGAGCUGUAAAAGGUGAACUCCGAGGUUUGGUCUGCGGAGGUGUAUUGAUACAUGAAAAUUACGUUCUUACUGCAGCUCAUUGUGGAGAAAACGGUGUUAGCAUUUCCUUCGUCCGCGUUGGAGAAUACGAUACUCGUACAGACAUUGACUGUAAUGAUUUUGGUUGUGCACCACCUUAUCAAGAUUUGCAGGUAGCAAAAUGGAUUCCACACGAAAACUGGAACACUGAUACCGUUCAAAAUGAUAUCGCUCUAAUUAAAACUAAACAAAGAGCAAAAUAUCAUGAUUACGUCAAACCUAUCUGCCUACCCGGUCGAGAUUCCUCGUUCAAACAUUAUAUGGUUGACGGUAUAGUGUCAUUAGCUGGAUGGGGAGAAACUAAUAACAGUUCAUACUCCGUAAUGCCCAAAGUUCUACAGUAUGUAAAUUUGGAUGUUGUUCCCUUAAGAGAUUGCCAAACCAGUUAUACAGAUUAUAAUGUUACCAAAGCGCAAAUCUGUGUAGGAGCAGGGGAAGGGCAUGAUACCUGUGAAGGAGACAGUGGAGGUCCAGUAAUGAAAGAAAUAAAGAUUUUUGGAGAAUACAGGUGGUACACUGUUGGAAUAGUUUCAUUUGGAUCUCCAGAUUGUGGAGCAGCACCAGCUGUAUAUACCAACGUGAGGUAUUAUCUCAGUUGGAUUUUAGAUCAUCUAACACCUUAAGACAAGCUACAAAAUAAAUAAAUUUAUUUUUA